AUGGCUCAAGCGCAGACGGAUUAUUCCGCCGAAAAGUACACGCCCAGCCAUCAUGAAGAUCUCAAGAAUGAGGACGCGCACCAGAUUGCAGGACACGGUCAUGCUGCCACAGACAUCUACGGACAUGCCCUGAUGGAGUUCGAUAAGAAGGCUGAGUCGCGUCUCAGGCUGAAGAUUGAUCUGUACAUCAUUCCGACCGUGGCCCUCCUCUACCUAUUUUGUUUCAUCGAUCGUGCCAACAUCGGAAACGCUCGCCUAGCUGGUCUCGAAAAGGAUCUUGGACUCACUGGUUAUGAUUACAACACCGUCCUCUCUAUCUUUUACAUCAGCUACAUUAUUUUCGAGAUUCCUUCCAACAUCUGCUGUAAAUGGAUGGGUCCUGGAUGGUUCAUUCCCAUCAUCUCACUAUGCUUCGGCAUUGCAUCGAUUGGCACGGCUUUUGUCCAUGAUAUCAGUGCGAUUUGUGGAGUUCGCUUCCUUCUGGGUAUCUUCGAAGCUGGUAUGCUACCAGGUAUCGCAUACUAUAUGUCCCGUUGGUACAGGCGCUCUGAGCUUGCUUUCAGGCUGUCGCUAUACAUCGUCAUGGCUCCUCUAGCAGGUGCUUUUGGAGGAUUGUUGGCAUCAGCGAUUCUCACACUCGACUCCUUCGGCUCCCUUACACGCUGGAGGAUGAUUUUCGCGAUUGAGGGCAUAGUCACCUGCUGUCUGGCACUUAUCUCUUUCGUAACGCUGACGGAUCGCCCGGAGACUGCGCGCUGGCUGACUCAAGCGGAAAAAGAUCUGGCCAUUGCUCGUGUCAAGUCUGAGCGUGUUGGCCAGAACGAGGUGCUGGACAAACUAGAUACGAAGAAGACGCUUCGUGGUAUCUUCAACCCUGUAGUACUGACGACCUCUUUCAUUUUCCUGCUCGACAAUAUCACGGUGCAGGGUCUUGCUUUCUUCGCGCCUACCAUCGUCAGGACGAUAUACCCUCGAGAUUCAGUUGUCUCGCAGCAGCUCCACACCGUUCCACCAUAUGUCGUAGGUGCCUUCUUCACGGUCCUCCUACCCUUCCUCAGUUGGAGAUACGACAGGCGCACGAUCUUCUUCAUUCUAGGAGCUCCACUCAUGAUGAUCGGAUACAUCAUGUUCUUGGCCAGCACCGAAGCAAUGGUUCGAUACGGAGCGACCUUCUUAAUUGCGUCUGGAGCAUUCUCGUUUGGUGCUCUCUGUAACGCGCAAGGCUCGGCUAACGUUGUAUCUGAUACCGCGCGAGCAUCCGCUAUCGGUACCGUUGUCAUGUUUGGCAACAUAGGCGGUUUGAUUUCGACCUGGAGCUUCUUACCCACAGAUGCUCCCAACUACCCUAUCGGUAAUGGGCUUAAUCUGGCGACCAGCAGUACGAUUUUGAUAUCGAGCACUCUCCUCUUGCUCUGGAUGAACAGAAGCAACAAGCAGCGCGAAAGCAUUGAUGUUGAUCAGGAAUUGGCUGGCAAAUCAGAGGGAGAAAUUGAGGAUCUCGAUUGGAGACAUCCCUCAUUCAGGUGGCGGCCGUGA